AUGAAGAGACUGAUCCUUGACGUGGACACUGGGGUGGAUGAUGCUCAGGCCAUCAUGAUGGCCCUGGCAGCCCCCGAUGUGGAAUUAAUGGCUAUCACCUGCACCCACGGCAAUACUCCCCUAGAGAACGCACUGAAGAACACCCUACGUGUCUUGAAAAUGUGCAACAGGCUAGAUAUAAAGGUCUACCCUGGCUUUGAGGAGCCCUUACUGCCAGGCAACAAAAUACACGCGGGUGACUUUCACGGGAAGGACGGACUGGGGGACGCCCCAGAUCCUGAUGCUCCAGGUCUGGAACUGGUACAGAAGACAAACGCUGUGGAUGCCAUAAUUUCCAUUACCAAUCAAAAUCCUGGAGAGGUGAUCCUAGUCUCAACAGGACCUCUCACCACCCCGGCCCUUGCCGUCAAAAUGGAUCCUUCCUUGCCUGCCCGAUUGAAGGGCCUCUACAUCAUGGGAGGCAACAUAGAAUCAAGAGGGAACACAACUGCGUGUGGAGAAUUUAACUUUCUGGCUGAUCCUGAGGCCGCCUACAUUGUGUUAGAACGCUAUACGUGUCCCACUACCAUCGCCUCCUGGGAGUUCAGCUGCAGGAACAGCUUACCAUGGACCUUCUGUGACACCUGGCUAGCUCAAAAUACACCGAAGGCUCGUUUUAUGGAGACCAUCUAUGCCCACACGCGUAAGAUGGUUCAAACAGAUCGGUAUCAAAAGGAACUAGUGUCAGGACCUGGGUUCAACACAUGCGACACCUACGCUGUUGCUGCAGCCAUUGCGGACAAUUUGGUGACGGAAAGUGAGAAGGUGGCCGUGACAGUGGAGUUAGAGGGAAAACACACCAGAGGCAUGAUGGUCCUGGACUACAUUGAUGUGUUGCACAAGGAGCAUAAGGUCACCAUCUUGAAGAAAGUGGACCUUGAGGUGUUCAAGCAACUUUUGAUGAAUGCACUGAAGUAG